UUGAUUCAUUUAUGGGACUUCGAUUGAGACCAUCCCCUCCCUCCAAACCUUUUUCCCUAUACACAAUGUUUUUUCUUUUGCUCUCACGUACAUCACUCUUCCCUCUUUGUUCUUCUAAUUAACGGUCCUUUUUUUUUAAAGGAAUCUUUCCCUGCAUUCACAUCCUGAUUUUACGCUUUUUUUAAGGUCGUCUAUGAUCUAUAGUAUAGACUGUGUCUCACCUCAUGCCUCAUCCAUUGGAAUACGUAAAAUAAUAUUUAAAUAAUUGCACAUUAUUGUUCCAUGCAAUUCAAUGCAACAUUUUUUUUCUCCCUCAUCUAGGACCUGUUAGGUAUUUGAGUGAGUGCCGUCCCUAAGGCAAGGUGGAUAUUUAGUUCUUCAAGUCAACAAAGGGAAGAAGUUACGUUAGAGUGAAUUGAAGACAAGCUAAGAUGGACAUUCGUUCACAUAGAGGUGGUAGAGAGACGAGUCCAGACCGUGCUAAAAUAUGUAGGAUGAAGCAAAAGGUGAAACCCAUUAGAAAAGUUCAGGUUGUUUACUAUCUCUCAAGAAAUGGCCUAUUGGAGCAUCCACAUUUCAUGGAAGUUACCCUUUCUCCUAAUCAACCUCUCCGUUUAAAAGAUGUAUUUGAUCGGCUGAUGGCACUAAGAGGAAGUGGCAUGCCUUCUCAAUAUUCAUGGUCUACUAAAAGGAACUAUAAGAGUGGAUAUGUGUGGCAUGACUUAGCACUAAAGGACAUAAUACAUCCAUCAGAAGGAGGAGCAGAGUAUGUACUCAAAGGAUCUGAACUAGUUGAAGGAUGUUCUGAAAGAUUUCAACAGCUUAACUUGAGUGAUAAACAACCAAUUCAACAACAUCCAGAACAGAAUUUCACAAGUUAUAGAAAUUCAAAGAUCAAGGUAACAACUUUAAGUGGAAAUUGUCAACAGAAAUUAGAGAGUAAUGAAGAUCAAUAUGAAGAAUAUGAAGAGGAAUUAUUAGGAGAUGGAGAGAAAACAAGUUACACAAGUUCAACAACAACACCUCAUUCUCGUUGCUCAAGAGGUGUUUCAACAGAAGAACUCGACGAGAUAGUUAUAACUAACCCACCACAACCACCACCACCUUCUACAACAAAUUCCACUACUACCCUUGCUGAGAAACUGAAACAAAGAGAAGAAAGAAGGGUCAACAAUGUCAAAGAUAAUAACUAUCCAACGACGUCGGCACCAUCGACUACGUCGAGUCGUUACUCUGUUUUGCUGCAGCUGAUAGCGUGUGGAAGUUCAGGUGCAGAGAUGAAAGCAAAGCAGCAGGAAGGGAGGCUGAGCAAUGUGGGGACAACAAGCAAGAGAAGGGAGAGUGUUGAUGAAGAGAAAGUGUAUUCUGGUGAUGAAGAUAUAUGUGUAACGGAGAAUCCAAGGUUGAUGGGGAAUUUGCAGAGUGAAGAGAAGGAAUACUUUAGUGGGAGUAUUGUGGAAUCCAUGAAAGCAAACCGGGUUGCUUUUCAAGCUGAACCUGUGCUCAAGAAAUCUAAUUCCUAUAAUGAAGAAAGGAGAAGCAGGCUAGGGAUGGAUGAGGUGAAGUUAAAGGAAACAAAAGAGGAAAAGAGGGAGGCAAAAGGGGGAGUGAAAGAGAAAUGCAUACCGCUUAUGAAAUCAUCCAAAGAGAGUAGGAAAUGAUGGUGAUCUGGUAUGGUCUGGUCUGGUCCCAACAAAUACAAUGAAUGAUGAACCUCUAGUAUUCAAGUUGACUAUUCUAGUCUAGGUAGAAUAUGUAAUGAGUACACUAGCAAUUAUAGGUUGAUGCAUGUAAUAUUAAUUUCUUUUCAAAUCCCGAUUUCAUCUCA